AGAAGGCAUGGCAGAAGCUGUCAGCUCAAGCAGGGACUGCCUUCAAGCAGGUGAGUCCUGUACCAACGACCCCGUCUGCAGUGCCAAAUUCAGGACCCUCCGGCAAUGCAUCGCGGGCAACGGGGCCAACAAGCUGGGCCCCAACGCCAAGAACCAGUGCAGGAGCACAGUGACAGCCCUGCUCUCCAGCCAGCUCUAUGGCUGCAAGUGCAAGAGAGGCAUGAAAAAGGAGAAGCACUGCUUGAGCGUCUACUGGAGCAUCCACCACACGUUGAUGGAAGGUAUGAAUGUCCUGGAGAGCUCCCCUUAUGAACCCUUCAUCAGAGGCUUUGAUUACGUCCGGCUGGCAUCCAUCACGGCAGGGGCGGAGAACGAGGUGACGCAGGUGAACCGGUGCCUGGACGCGGCCAAAGCCUGCAACGUGGACGAGACGUGCCAGCGGCUCCGCACCGAGUACGUGUCCCUGUGCAUCCGCCGCCCGGCCCGCGCCGACUCCUGCAACCGCGCCAAGUGCCACAAGGCCCUGCGCAGGUUCUUCGACCGCGUGCCCCCCGAGUACACCCACGAGCUGCUCUUCUGCCCCUGCGAGGACACGGCGUGCGCCGAGCGCCGGCGCCAGACCAUCGUCCCCGCCUGCUCCUACGAGGCCAAGGAGAAGCCCAACUGCCUGGCGCCGCUGGAUUCCUGCCGGGAAAACUACGUCUGCAGGUCGCGCUACGCCGAGUUCCAGUUCAACUGCCAGCCAUCCCAGCAGGCUGCCAGUGGCUGCCGGAGGGACAGCUAUGCUGCCUGCCUGCUGGCCUACACUGGGAUCAUAGGCAGCCCCAUCACACCCAACUACAUUGACAACUCAACUUCCAGCAUAGCUCCCUGGUGCACGUGCAACGCCAGUGGCAACAGACAGGAGGAGUGUGAGACCUUCCUGCACCUCUUCACCGACAACAUCUGUCUCCAAAAUGCCAUCCAGGCCUUUGGCAACGGGACCUACCUGAAUGCAGCCGUGGCCCCAUCCAUCCCCCCCACCACACAGAUGUACAAGCAGGAGAGAAACGCCAACAGAGCCGUGGUGACCCUCAGAGAGAACAUCUUUGACCACCUCCAGCCCACCAAGGUGGCCAGGGAGGAGAGGCUCCUGCGGGGCUCCACUCGGCUGUCAUCAGGGACCUCCAGCCCAGCAGCUCCUUCUCCACUGCAGACCUGGCUUCUCUCCACCCUGGCUGUCCUGGGCCUCUCUGUGAUGUGA